AGGUAAAGGUAUUCGCAUUUCUAAAUUUACCUGAAUAUUUUUGGAAAAUUUUUACUUAAGUUUAUUUCAAAAUAAUAUAACCCCGAAAAUAGCUAAUCUCUUUUUGCUUCUGUUUACAGUAGGUAAUUUACGAUGGAGCUUUCGAAAAGCUUUUGAUGAAAAUUUUUUAAGACCAAUAAAGCUGUACAAUCAGAGAACGUAUAUAUAUAUAUAUCAUAUACGUUCUCUGAUAUUAGCUACUUAGCUAUGUUAUUGAAGGUGACUUUUUCGGUGUACCUAAACGCACCUUGUUCUAAAUAUCUACAUAUAUGGUAUAUAUAUACCCUACCUUUUUUAUUCCGCGAAUCUAAAGUUAAAGCAUACCUGCUCUUACUCAAAUUAAGAUAAACUACAUUUUACCUGCUUGACGCUUAUAAAAAGGCAUAAAACCCGAACUUCCUUCGCCUUGCUGGUCACAUACUUUCAUUACUUGAACUCAACAAAAACUGCAAGAGCUAGUAAAAAAAUAAUUUUAGAAAACAUUGUACUUUAAAAAGAUUUCAAUGGGUCAAAUAUUGCGGAAAAUUUCUAAUACUAUAUUGUCAAGCACUCAGUGCACCACAUGCCUGAAACGCAGACGGAAACAUCAAAUUAAAGACAAUGUAUGCAAAAGACAACGUAUUUCCCAUGCAGGCGCUCUAAAUUCGGAGAAUGUUACACAUCCAAUCGAACAAAAUAUUAACAUCAGUCUAAGGCAUACACCGCCUCCGCAACAUAUAUUUGAUUAUCCAAAAUCUAACACUGAGAGAGAGGAAACUACACAAGCGGCACGCACCGAACUCAUAACUGUAUUCAAGGAAGAACCAGUACAAGAUGCAGUAACACCUUCAAUUCAGAACCACCAGAUAAAGCAUGAAAAUACAGGGCAAACAUAUGCUCACGAUCAGGUAAAGGAGGAAGCAAUUAAUAUUGAAGAUCAGUUAAUCAAAGAAGAAUCUACUGCCCUCGCCAAUGAGAUUGACAGAGAAAUGCUCUCCGAAAAGUGCUCAACUGAAAUAACUGACGAUUUCAGCAGUUCGGAUAUAACCGAGAAGGAAACCGAGGAAGACCCACAUAUGGUAAAAAUAGGACCGAAUGGUACAACUGUACCGAAAGCGAAGUACGACAAGAUUCGAUGGAUUAGCAGCUCGUUUGCAACACGAAAACUUCUUUCGUGUGUAUUUGGUGCCGAUACGCUUGCUACGCACUCUUACAGCGGCAGGAUAGCGCCAACGUUCUAUAAACUUAAACAUACCAGAAAGCCCAGAUUGGAUCCAGACAAGAUAGCUGAUAUAAUUUAUUGUGUGCAAAAGCAAUUUAAUUGCACAGAGCUAAAAAUUCGAGCUGCGAUCACGUCAAAAUGUGUAGACGAAGCCAGAUGCAAGAAACUAAAAGCUAUGAAAAUUUAAAGCCUAUUGUAUCUAGAGUACGAUCUAGAGUACGAAAAUUAUAUAAGAGAAAAAUAUAUACAUUUUGAUAAGUA